AUGGCUUCUCCUUCCCACUCCUCAGACUCCUCUGCCUCCUCUGCCACCGCACCGCAGCCCGCUCCAGCAUCCGUCGUGCAAACUGUCAACAUCAAGUCCCAUGUGCCAAUGAUGCUCGACAUGGCCGAGCCAAACUACACCCAGUGGAGACCACGUGCACUUGCCGCCGAUCCCCGCCCGCGCGACGCCGACUGGGUGCAAAACGACCAUAGCAUCGUCAACUGGCUGUACACCAUAAUGAACAAGCCCAUCUUCGACAACGUCUACAAGACGCGCGCCUCCGCGUUCCGCAUCUGGAUAGAAGUCGAGGGCAUCUUCCGUGACUACGAACUCCAUACUGCUCCAAGCUCAAGACCCUCGCCGCGCGUUGGCCACCCCGUCUCCGAGCCGUCCCAAGUGUUGAACCUCCUCCGUGGUCUCCACGCCAAGUACCGCCACCUGAAGCCAAUCAUCACCGACAAGUCCCCGCCGCACACCUUCCAGAGCGCCCGCUCCUACCUGCUGUUGGAAGAACUUCGCUACGAACACGACACCAAGCAUGAUGAGAACCAGACGUUCAUCGCCAGACACGGUGGCUCCUCCGCCACCCAGCCGCAGCACACUGACGGAUCUCCAUCCUCCACCACCGGCAACUCCAACAACCGCUACAAGCCCAAGAACAAGAAGCAGGGCCAUGGGGCCUCCAACAGCGCUCACUCUGCGUCCAUCACCCGUAGGAAUAGCUCUAGCAGUUAG